AUGGAUUUAGUAAACAAUAGCGGGGGGGCAGACGCCCCUGUCAGAGAUCACGCGCGAGGCGGCAGAGAGCAGUUUCAUUGGAAGGAUGUAGCCAGCCAACCAAUCAAAGACCGAGAGUGCUACCUCGGCCAGUCAGUGAUGGUCGGAAUGCAAGGCAAAAAAGGCCGCUUCUCGCGCAAUGAAUGGUGGACACGACCGGAAAAUGCCGCUGGAACCAACCCCGCGGAUGGAGACGAGUUGGAACGAAUCAAGGCGAAAGAACGGGAACUUAGGGACCACCACCUGUAA